AUGAGUAGUACACGCGUUUUUGAAGUUUUAAAUAGAAUCCAGGUUGCACUUGGUAGGAAUUCAUUUCCUGAUAUGAACUUUAAACCAAAGCAAAUAAAAGGAAGAGACGUUUUAGCUGUUCUCCCAACUGGAUAUGGGAAAUCGAUCAUUUUUCAGUUGUUGCCAGAUUUUCUUCCAAAUGAAGAGAAAGGAAGUAUGAUAAUUGUUAUCACUUCCUUAAAUUCGAUUAUAGAUGACCAAAUGAAAUUUUUAAAAAAAGUUGGAAUGGAAUGUUUUUACUUGAAAAGUCCAUUUGACAUUGAAGAAGCAAGAACAAAUUUGUUCUCUGAUUCCUAUCCUGACAACGAAGUUGAUACAAUUCUAAGUGAUGUGGGGAGAAACUUACUAAAGUCAAACACACUCCAGAAAGAAGUAAAAGCCAUUGUUGUAGAUGAAGCACAUUGUAUAGACACUUGGGAUGAUAGCUUCAGAAAAGAAUUUCUUAAUCUUGGAGCCAUUAGAUCCUUUUUUCUGGACAUUCCUGUGCUUGCCCUAACAGCAACUUCUACAGUUAAAACAACAAGCAGAAUAAAAAGUGUUCUUGGAAUGAGGGAUUGUGUUUUUUUGACUAUCAAUCCAAACCGCUCAAAUGUAUUCCUGGUUAAAAAAAAAGAUACCACAAUUCAUAUGGAAUCGAAGGUAUCAAAAAGAUUUUGUUACCGAUUGGAGAAGAUUUAA